UUUCCCUGCCUUAAUUUUUUCUAAUCUUGGUAAAAUAUUUAACUACCUCUCAAAAACAUUACAUAAGAGCAAGCUUGGUUUUAAUACAUUGUGAAUGAUUCAUCAGUAAAAGGAAAGGGCAGUGUCAAUGGCGGCACGACAAGUUCGAUCCCUUGCUCAGACCCUCCGCCUCUCUUCGCCUCAUACACAAUGUGUAACUUCCCGCGUUUCCCAUCCAAAUGCCAGUAGAGGAUUUGCAUCAGAGCAUCAUGGACCACCUAAGGUUAAUUUCUGGGAAGAUCCGAUGAGCCCUUCCAAAUGGAAAGAAGAACAUUUUGUUCUUAUCUCACUGGCAGGAUGGGGUGCACUUAUAUAUGGCAGCUACAAAUUUUUUACUGGUGGCAAGAAGGACAAAUCUAAUGAGGUGCUUUUGCGCUAAUGGCUGAGUCUGCAAUGGAUCACGUUCUUUGCAAAUCCAUAUCAGUGGGGAUGCUGGAGGAAACUAAUGCAAAUCCACAUAUGGCAUUUGAUGUCUGGUCCUUAAGUUUAAUGAAACUUUGCAUUUAUUAUAGAGAAACUAUGUUUUGAAUCUUCAAUUAUGGUGCUUCCACCACAAUUUCUUCAAUAAGAAAUAACAUCAUAAUAAUGUAGUUUGAAAUGUUUUGACAACAGUUCUUUGAUGAUAAGGGGUCUUCUCUUCAAAGCUUUCUUUCACACGUGAGCAGUUUGAAAUAUUGAAAUUGAGUCCAAGGAGGCUAUUGUUCUAGUGUUGCCCUGGCAAAAUUAUUGUCACAACUUAGAUUAAAAGUAGGGUCCAUGAUGAAUGUACUUUGACUUCACCGACAUUCUCUCUUUUGAGAGUCUUCCUUUUUACUUUUAAUGCUUAUUUUCAAGAACUCCA